GUCUUAAAUGUCUCCUCUCUCAUAGUCUCUUAGUCUCAGUUAGUCCGAAAAUGGAAACAACAAUGGACCUUCGUGAAUCAAUCGGCGACCAAAACGACGUCGGCCUGAACAUCGCGAAGCACUUCUUGUCGAAAGAAGGUGAGGACAAGAACCUUGUGUUUUCGCCGUUGUCGAUUCACGUUGUGCUGAGCAUCAUCGCUGCUGGCUGCAAGGGUCCCACUCUCGAUCAGCUUCUUUCCUUCCUCCGAUCCAAAUCCACUGACCACCUCAACUCCUUGGCCUCACAGAUCGUCGCCGUUGUUCUCUCCGAUGGUUCUCCCGCCGGCGGGCCGCGCCUGUCUUUCGCCGAUGGUGUGUGGGUUGAACAAUCCCUUUCUCUCAAACCUUCCUUCAAACAACUUCUUGACACUCAUUAUAAGGCCACCUUGGCUUCAGUUGAUUUUCAGACUAAGGCUGUUGAAGUGACCGGUGAAGUUAAUUCAUGGGCUGAAAAAGAGACAAAUGGCCUUAUUAAAGAGGUUCUUCCUCCCGGGUCAGUUGACAGCUCAACCAGGCUGAUCUUUGCAAACGCACUAUACUUCAAAGGAGCAUGGAAUGAGAAGUUUGAUGCUUCAAUAACUAAAGACUAUGAUUUUCACCUUCUGAAUGGCAGCUCAGUUAAGGCUCCCUUCAUGAUCAGCAAGAAGAAGCAGUUUAUUAGUGCUUUUGAUGGUUUCAAAGUCCUUGGUCUUCCUUAUAAGCAAGGUGAAGAUAAGCGUCAGUUUUCUAUGUACUUUUUUCUUCCAGAUGCAAAAGAUGGGCUGUCAGCUUUGGUGGAGAAGGUGGCUUCUGAAUCUGGGUUCUUGGAGGGCAAGCUUCCUCGUCAAAAAGUGGAAGUAGGUGACUUCAGGAUUCCAAGAUUCAAGAUUUCCUUUGGGUUGGAAACUUCUAAGAUGCUGAAGGAGCUGGGACUGGUUUUGCCUUUCUCUGGUGGAGAGUUGACACAAAUGGUGGACUCUUCUGUGGGUCAAAACCUAUAUGUUUCCAGCAUAUUUCACAGGUCUUUUAUUGAAGUAAAUGAAGAAGGCACUGAAGCUGCAGCGGCCAGUGCUGCAACUAUAAAAUUGAGGAGUCUGCGAAUUCCAACUCAUAUAGACUUUGUAGCUGACCACCCUUUCUUGUUUAUGAUCAGAGAAGAUUUGACCGGAACAGUACUCUUUAUUGGGCAGGUGCUCAAUCCCCUAGCUGGGUGAUAUUAGCGGCCAUAUUGGAGACAACAACAUUGGUAGUGAAACUUACGCCCGUAUUCUGCUUUCUUGUUUUUUCUUUUGGUCCAAUAAUCCAAAGUUUGUGAUGGUUUGACACUUAAAAAAGCGUACAUAUGGAUCAGCGUUGUAUAUUUUUUGUUGCUAACUGUUAUGACUUACGAGUGUAAGGUCUUGUGUAAUUAAUUACCUCUUCUAUGGGUGCUUCGAAUAGCCAAAUAUUGAAACUUGAAUGGGAUAGUAAAAUUUAGUAAC